AUCAGGAAGCGGUGAGCUGAUUGUUGACAGCUCUCUAGUUAACGAAGAUGGUGAGACGCUUUACCUGAGACACUAAUCCUCUCGCAGUCUUUGGAGCUUGAAUCGAGUCGCCCCGCUGUAAGGUUUUCUACUCUAAGUGUAUUUGUAGCCAGGUUCUCAGAGAUGGAUGGUGGAUCAGAAGUGCGAAUGGAGACCCCCACCUUCUGCUGCUCCACCUGUGAAGGAGCAUCAAUCCCAAGCCGCCGCUCCGCUCAGCGCUUCAAGACCCGCAGCCUGAGCACUUCCUCAGCCACCACCUACUCUGAGCACAGAAGGACUCAGUCUCUUCAUGGACCAAGCCCGGUCACCACAUUUGGGCCGAAAGCAUGCAUGCUCCAGAACCCUCAUGCUGUGAUGCAUAUUCAGGAUCCCGCCAGCCAGAGACUGACGUGGAACAAGCCUCCAAAAAGUGUCCUUGUUAUCAAGAAGAUCCGAGAUGCCAGCCUGCUGCAGCCCUUCAAGGAGCUCUGCACCUUCCUCACUGAGGUGAAGAACCUGAUUGUUUACGUGGAGAAGAAGGUUCUGGAUGAUCCAGCCAUUUCAGGCGACGAAGUCUUCGCCGCAAUCUCUAAGAAAUUUUGCACUUUCAGAGAAGAUCUGGACGAUAUCUCCAAUCGUGUGGACUUCAUCAUCUGCCUCGGAGGAGAUGGAACCUUGCUUUAUGCAUCUUCGCUCUUCCAGGAGAGCGUCCCCCCCGUCAUGGCCUUCCAUCUGGGCUCUCUGGGCUUUCUGACGCCUUUCAAGUUCGACACCUAUCAGUCUCAGCUCACCCAGAUCAUCGAAGGGAACGCUGCCAUCGUCCUGAGAAGUCGCCUGCAGGUACGGGUGCUCAAAGAGAACUGGGAAAAGAAGGACAGCGUGGAUGAGAAGGGCAUCAUCCUGACCAACAAAGACGUGGAGAGCAACCGCAAGGCUGUGCAGUAUCAGGUUCUCAAUGAGGUGGUGGUGGACAGAGGACCAUCCUCCUAUCUGUCCAACGUGGACCUCUUCUUGGACGGACACCUCAUCACCACGGUGCAGGGAGACGGUUUGAUUGUUUCCACGCCGACGGGCAGCACGGCGUACGCCGUGGCAGCCGGAGCCUCCAUGAUCCACCCCAACGUUCCCGCCAUCAUGAUCACCCCCAUCUGCCCCCACUCGCUCUCCUUCAGACCCAUCGUGGUGCCGGCCGGAGUGGAGCUCAAGAUAAAGCUGUCCCCGGAUGCCAGGAACACGGCCUGGGUGUCGUUUGACGGAAGGAAGAGACAGGAGAUCUGCCACGGAGACAGUAUCACCAUCACCACUUCCUGCUUCCCCGUUCCCUCCAUCUGCUUCCGGGACCCUGUGAACGACUGGUUCGAGAGCCUGGCCACAUGUUUGCACUGGAACGUGAGGAAGAAGCAGAACUACCUCAGUUCGGAGGACGAGGAAUUUUGAGGCCCGCGCCGUUCGCCCAACGUCGUGUUUCCAGGACUUUUUUCAAUCAAAAAGACGAAAGCAACAUGAGGGUUGGUGAGGAAACCCAAAAGGACAAAAAGGUCAAAAGAGGAAGACGGGUGUCAUAAUGCUGUGGUUGGCGUUGUUUCCCCACAUCCAGGGAGACUUUUCUCUGCUGAAACAAAGAACUAAGACCAAACUACACUUAACUGAAAAAAGAAACAAACAAAAACAAACUCCAGUUGAUGUUUAACUAAAGAAGACCGAAUGGGAUCAAAAAUGUUUGCUUUAGCUGAAUCCAGGGUCCAACUGAGCUGAAUGUGCCUUAGACUUAAACACUGCUAUCAUCAGCAUAAAGUGAUUUGUUGUUUUACUCGUUUGUUUGUCCUUCCUGUCUGCAGAACUGAACACACGAUGAAUGUUUUAAAACCUUAACUGAAUCAUAGGAAGCAUCUUCUUAAUGUCUGGUUUUAAAAGCUCUCCUUUAAACAUCUGCCAAACAUUUUAAAACCUGUUUCUUUUUUUUUUUUAAGGCGUUCUGAGUGUGAACGCUGAGGAAUUGUUACAAAAUUAGCCGCAGUGCAGCCUUCACGUCUACUUUAAGGUGGCCUACUUUAUUACAGGUCUGUCAGGACCUGCCGUCCAGAUUGUGCUUUUAAAUCUACUCAACAGAUCACCCCUAAAAAUAAACAAUCAUUCCUUUUAACCUUGUAUAUAAAUGUAACGCUAAUACGAUGUUUUUUUUGUAAAGUAAUGUCUAUUUACAGGUUUACAUUGUAUUAUUAUUACUGAAAAUAAAUCUAUUUGCUACUUUUUAUACAGCUAUGAGUUUGUCACUUGUUAAUUUUUUCCACAGUCUAGUUUUUGAAAAACUCGUCAUUCAACAGU